AUGGAUCCUCGGGGGCAUGCCGGCCAGCCUUUCCAGCGGCCUGAGAAACCUGGUCGUGUUCGCCGCCGGAAGACCAGGCGGGAGCGGAAUGAGGCCCUAGUGGGCAGCCGCCGACCGUUGGCCCACCAGGAUCCUCCUGCGGCCAGUCAGGAUCCACCUGUACCCCUACGGGAUCCUGUGGCCCCUUCUGUCCCCAAGCUCGUGGUCAUAACCCAGGGUCGACUGAGCCGGGAGCACCGUGGUCUCUUCAAUCAUGAAGUGAAAUCCCUGGACGUGGCUCGGCUGCUUAAAAGUGGAUCCCUGGAGCCGGGCACCCCGCCACUCCCUUCCAAACCCUCCCCAAGCCCAGGCAGGGUCCAAGAAUCAGGCCCACAGUCAAAGGACAAGGAGAACCAGGUGCCUGGAGGCUCUGGCCCAGGCCCGCCCAGUUCCCCAGAGCUCCCUGGCUUGGGGCAGCUUCUAGAAGAGUUACAGUGCCAGCUGAUUCUACCGCACGCUUUCCCCAGGAGGAACCUGGUGCAAGAAGCCAGGGAUGCCAUUGUGGGCACCCUCCAGGCCUGCCAUGGCUGUGUGCCUGACCUUGCCCUGGUGCUCCGGGGCUGCCAGCCACCCUUGCAAGGGACCAAGCCUGUGGGCCCUGAGAGACGGAGGAUGACACCCUCCUGGAUCAACGAUGCUGAGCAGACCCCAGGGGAGGAGAGACAGAGGCGGCGACCAGGGACCAAGGAGCUUGCUUUCACCAUGCCUUGCGCCUCCAGCACUCCCGUUGCACCCAGGGGGAACCUGGCACCACCAAGAGGUCCUUGGCCACCCCCUUUGCCCUCAUUCUCUUCGCCAUCCAAGGUGGCCUGGGGUCCUCCAACAGCCUUUGACCUGCUAAAAAGCAUCUGGCUUGUAGGCACACCGCCCCCUCCCCAGCCCUGGGGGGUUGGCCCACCACAGCCCCUACCUCAGCUGCCUUCACCCUUGAUGCCUCGAACCUCUGCCCUGGACUGGAGCCCCAGCCCCCCUGCCCCACUGCCCAGCCUCUCCUGGGUGGUGGCCCAGAGCAGUCCGGAAGCCUGGUCCUUUCCACCCAUGAGACUGUACUGA